AUGUCUUACUAUAAGAAAGCUAAAGCAACUAGAAAAAAAUUUGGUAAUAUAUUAUUAGGCUUCAGACCCAAGCCCACUACUUCAAGAUCUUCUACAAAUCUAAAAAAGAGAGAAGUUGAAGUUGAUGAUGUUGAUCCUACUGAGGCUGGCCCUACAACAUCUGUUGAGCUUUCAGAUGAUGGUUCUCUUGCAUCUGAAGUACCUAUUACUUCAGCAACUUUUUCAAGA